GACAACAUGACCCGCCGACACUCCCAAUUCCGCCCUUGCAUUGAUCUUCACAGUGGUGUAGUCAAGCAGAUUGUUGGCGGGACCCUCGAUUUGACUGCCGACGGCGAAGGGAACGCGCCUCGUGAGAACUUUGUCGCGACCAAACCGCCAGCCUACUACGCCGAACUCUACAAGAACAAUGGCCUCACUGGCGGCCAUGUAAUCAAGCUCGGUCCUGGGAAUGACGAAGCGGCGCGUGAGGCGGUCGGGACGUGGAAGAAUGGACUCCAGCUGGGCGGCGGUAUCACACCUGACAAUGCCCAAGAGUGGCUUGAUGCAGGCGCGGAGAAGGUUAUCGUCACGUCUGCACUUUUCCCCGGUGGCAAGUUCAAGGAGGAGGUUCUGAAGGAGUUGUGCGCGUCUGUUGGGAAGGACCGCCUCGUGGUGGACAUCAGCUGCCGGAAACGAGAGUCCGGUUGGAUCGUCGCCAUGAACGGGUGGAAGACUCUGACCGACAUGACUGUAAACGCCGAGAGCAUCAAGCGUAUCGAGGCGUACUGCUCGGAGUUGCUCAUCCAUGCAGCGGACGUCGAGGGUCUAUGCCAGGGGAUUGACGAGGAGCUCGUUCAGCGCCUUGGGGAAUGGGUCUCCAUCCCAUGCACGUACGCUGGUGGAGCAAAGGAACUGGGCGACCUGGCCCUGGUUGACAGGUUGUCCAACGGCAAGGUGGACCUGACUUUUGGGAGCGCGCUCGACAUUUUUGGGGGAAGCGGUGUCAAGUUUGACGAGCUGGUGGCUGAAGACAAGAAAGCCAAAGAGUUGUCCAGGGGGUGUUGAUCAGUGUAUAAGAGGGACAGAAGUUGCGCUCAUGGUUGCUGGGCCGCAUGCAUCACUGCAUUGUUGGGCG